AUGCGCCUGCUGGUCGUGUACAGUCGUCCGUGGUACGCCUACGCGCUCCUUCUCCUCUUCAGCUUCUUCCUCGGGCUGUCGCACGCCAGCGUGAUGUACGUGGAAGAGGAUCAGUUGGAGCUGAAGGAUCGCGCCACGUCGGUGGCGUUUGUGCUCUUCCUCUUUGUAGGGGUGGCGGCCGUCACGCUGACGGCGCACCUCCUGUUGUGUAGGCAGCCAGACAACGAAGAGGAGGAGAGCUUCAUCGAAGACGUGGGGCAGCGGCGGCGGCUACCGAAGCUGUGGCUAUACAGCGUACUUUUCUUUAGCGCAUCGGUAGCGGCCAUCACUUUCAGCCACUCCAUCAGCGUGACCGUUGCGGUCGUCAUGGUGAUCUCGCUCGCGUGCCACCUCGUCGCGGAGCACCACAACCGCGGUGACGGCGGUGAUUGUCUGACGCGCCAGGAUGUUCUCGGCUGCGUGGCGGCUGGCUUUGGCGCGGCUUUGGUGGUGCUCGGCGGUGUAUGGCAAGAGAUGGCUGCCUACAAUGCCUCGCUGAGUGUAGCCCUUCUCUCGCUGUUGGGAUGGGGGUCGAGCGUGAUCGUCUCCGGCGUGUGCUGGGCGUGCUUCACACGGCACCUGCGGGAGAUGAGCCAGCGUGUGAGUCAGCAGUUCCUGCUCUCAACCUCGCUGGUGGUGUGCACAGUGGCGCUUGGGAUUGGGGCGUACGUGGGAAAUCUGGCCCUGACAUCUGAUGAAGCCAGCAGCGCCGCACCAGCAAGUGGGACUGCCCAGACCACAGGUGGAGGUGAGGCGGACAGAGCACCACAGUUGCUGGGCCUCGUGCUUCUCCCUUGCCACCGGUUUUUCCCUGAUGUAGUGGUGCUGCUCGGUGGGGGCCUCUGCUCCCUCUUGUGCUGGUACGCCUACCACGCCGUGUCCUUCUACGUUGACCAUGCUUCCAGCGCCGCGUGCAUGGUGCUUGGUGCCGUGCUCUCCGCCGUGCCUCUUAUUGUUGCUCGGGUGCUCCGCGUUGGGUGGGCAGAUGUCACCGCAUCAGCAUUGCUGCAGGGGUCGUUGGCAGUCAUGGUGGUGGGAGUGGCCGUGGCGGCGGCGGGGGCGGCGGUGGUGGUGUGGUCGGGCUUUCGGUAUCGUCGCGAGGUGGAGAUUCGAAUUGUGUUGGAGAAAAGCCGCUUCUCUUUUCCGCGCGCAAACGCCAGCGCAUAA